AUGACGUGUGGGAAUAACAAAUAUCAAAACAAUUUGAUGAGUUGUUUUUCUUGUGAUUCUUCGUGUACUUAUUGUCAAUACGACAACACUUUAGAUUUUGGGAAAUGUACCAUAUGCAACAACUCAUAUGUAGUUACCAAUUCUGAGAGCUGUAAAGCCAAAGAUCAAAAUACAGUAACAGUGGACACUGUCAAAGUCGUGUCGUGUGUAGAUGGGUACUACCCGAACGAUCAGUCUUGUUUGUUGUGUAACUCAUUAUUUGAAGGGUGUGAAUUGUGUACGCAGAAUAUGUGUAUGAAAUGUGAAGAAAACUAUAUUAAAGAAAAUGGGAAGUGCAGACAAAUCACUGGGUGUUCACAAUUAUCGGACAAUAUCUGCACAAAAUGCACAAUGGAAACCAUGUACAACAACAAGACUGAUUGUUUAGAUAAGCACAAAAGUGAUUGUGUAGCGUAUGACUAUACAGGAAACUGUUUAAAGUGUUCUUCACUCAAUUUGAUUGAAGGUGUAUGUGGUAACACGGACAGUCGUUGUAGUGCAAAUUCGGUGAUUGGUUGUUUGUCAUGUAUUUCGCCUUAUUUCUCACGGGAAGCAAAAUGCGAGAGUUGUAACACCAAAUGUUCUUCUUGUGUGACUGCAGAGUCAAAUUGUUUGUCAUGUGUGUCGAACACAUCUUUUGUAUCAAGUAGUACCCAUGAGUGUGAGACGAAUGAUGUACUCAAAGAGAAGUGUCUUCAAUAUUCAGCGACGGGUGGGUGUGUUCAAUGCAAAGAUGGAUAUUACAGAAAUGGGUUUGACUGUGUAGAAUGUGAGAAAACGUGUUCGAUAUGUACCUCAUAUGAGCAGUGCACUGAAUGCAAAAUUGGGUAUUACUUUGAUAUGAAUGACAUUUGUACUCCAAAUGAAAUCAACACGAAUUGUGCGGUUGAUAUUGAUAUCUAUUUUGGGUGUAGUUUGUGUGACGACGGGUACUUUGUGAAUAACAAAAUUUGUAAUUUGUGUGACGAGAAGUGCAAGACGUGCAGUGACAACACAACUUGUGAUUCCUGUAAAAACGAUUACAUUUUCACAAUGAAAAGUUGUGUGCAUUUCACUAAAGUGAUCAAUUGCAUUGCCGUUGAAAGUGCAAAAUGUGCGAAGUGUUCUGGAUGGAACAAACCUAAUGAACUUGGAACGCAGUGUAUUUCAUAUACCCCUGGGGGGUUUGUAGCGGGGAUGUUCUUUUUAGUGUUAUUCAUUCUUGUGCUAAUUGUGAUAACAACAUUUUUUGUGACAAAGUACAUCUUAAAAGUGUUAAAGCGGCGCGACGUCGAGAAGCAAUUUGACACCUUUUCGAUUAAGAAGUCGGACGUGUCGUUUUUGUCGUUUGGGACAAUUCUGAUGGAUCGCAAUGCAUUAGCUUUUGCACAAGAAGACUCGUGUGAGAUUCCAGUCGACAAAAUAUCAACACAAGAUUUGAUAAUAGGAAACAUGGGAAGGAAUACCGUCAAAGUUUCCUUUUCUCUCAAAAGUGGGGAAGUCAUGAAAUACACGGUUGAGACAAAUCCGUCGAGUUUUGUUCUACGGAAUGGGAAAGCUUGUAAGUUCAGCAUUACUAUUAAACCGAACUGUUCUUGUACAAUUGAUAAUGAAAUGAUAGUCAACAUCGAUGACCUUAAAACAAAUAAGAGCUACACAAUCAACUUGAAAAUAGAAGCGUGUACAGAGCAGAGUACACAUUUAGACUACGACGAAAUUGAAUUUGGUGAUAAAUUGGGAGAAGGAGGGUUUGGUAUAGUUUACAAAGGAAUUUACCGGACAAAAACAGUUGCAAUCAAAUUGCUGAGUGGCGUCUCAGAUGAUGAAAAAAUGAAUGAAUUUGAUAAUGAAGUGAAAAUGCUUGACAAAUUUCGAAGCGAAUAUAUUGUUCAUUUCUUCGGUGCUGUGUUCAUCCCAACCAAGAUCUGUAUGGUCACAGAAUUGGCACCAUUUGGGUCUUUAAAUGAUUUCAAAAGAAAACACAAAAAGGGGGCUCCGAGUAAUCAAUUGAAGACUAAAAUACUGUUAGACUGCGCUAAGGGAAUUCAAUACCUCCACCAAAACGGCAUUUUACAUCGAGACAUCAAGCCAGACAAUUUCCUUCUAUUUUCAAUUGAAGAAAGCGAGGUCGUCAAUGCAAAAUUGACUGAUUUUGGAUCGUCAAGAAAUAUUAAUAUGAUGAUGACUAACAUGACCUUCACUAAAGGAAUUGGAACGCCCAUUUUCAUGGCUCCCGAAAUUUUGAACGGAGGCAAAAAGUAUAAAAUGCCUGCUGACGUCUUCUCGUUUGCUAUCACUAUGUAUGACAUCUUUAAUUGGGGUGGGCUAUACCCUGUUGCGGAGUUCCCAUACCCUUGGUCCGUCGCCGAAUUUGUUGGGAAAGGGAAGAGACUAUGUCAAACGAAAAAAAUGGAAGGAUGGAUGUAUCAAAUCAUUCAGGGGUGUUGGGACGAUGAUCCUACAAAAAGAAUGAGUUUGUUUUUAUUAUGUGGACGUAGUCGUAAUAUUCAAAAACACUGA